UAAUGCAGGGAGCAACCCUGGAAGACGACCCAGAAAUGCUUGGUGAGCACCCCCACAACUCAGAUACCUUGGCUUUCGAAGAAAAAAUUGCCACCCUCGGCCUGGCCAUGGCAGAAGCUCGACAAGAAAUUCAUAGGACACGCGAGGACAUGAGUGGUGUAAGAGAGUUUUUGGACAGAUACGAAGCAGCUAAUGUUAUAAUUCCAGAAGCUCAUCAGUCGAAUCCCGAUCACAACUCCAGACUUAGCGGCAAUAUGUUGCGGCCCCAAGAUUCCCCUGAGAUGGUAUCGAGGCAGGAAUUUCAAGAUCUUAGGGAGGAAUUGCGAGGUCUUCAGGAGGUCAUCGUUCAACAAGCAAGGCAGAACUUCAUGCCACCUAGCAACCAGGUGCCUCAUCUUCAGGCCAUCCAGCAGCAGUUAGCCCAACUCGCCGUUGAACCACGUUCCAGAGCUUUGACCAACAAGGAGAAGCAGAACCUUUUAGAUCGAGUCAGAAAAUGGGGCCUCCGUUUCGAUGGCUCCCCAGCCAAAGCGAUCGCAUUUGUUGAGAGGCUGGGUGAACUAAAAGAAGAAUACGAAUUACCUGACGAGACUCUAUUCAGGGCCAUCCCCGAAGUUCUUACCGGAGAUGCUCUAUUAUGGUAUCGAAUGCCUCGCGAUCCAUGGUGUUCAUGGGAAGAUUUCCUUCAAGAAUUUAGAGCAAU